GCAGAAACGUCCAAACCAAGAAUCCAUCAUCCAUCGGCAAACCAAAAUAAGCUCCAUCCCACCCAUCCACCACCACCACUCACUCCCCUUCCCUUGAUCCCCAGUCCCCUCAUACCCUCCCCUCCCUCCCCUCCUCCUCCUCCUCCUCCUCCACCCUCAAAUCCUCUUUCGUCCUCCGCCGCCAUGCCCUCGCCCUCCGCCCCUCCUUCCUCCCAUCCCCCCACCGCCGCCCCGUGACCCCCAUCCGAGCCCUCUCCUCCCCUUCCCCCUCCCCGGCCACCGCCCUCACCCAGGACGACCUCAAGAAGCUCGCCGCCGUGAAGGCCGUCGACUACGUCACCAGUGGCAUGGUCCUCGGCCUCGGCACCGGCUCCACCGCCGCCUUCGUCGUUUCCGAGAUCGGGGCGCUCCUUGCCUCCGGCAAACUCACUGACAUCGUCGGCGUCCCCACCUCCAAGCGCACCUUCGAGCAGGCUAAGUCCCUCGGGAUCCCCCUCUCCACCCUUGACGAUCACCCCCGCCUUAACCUUGCCAUUGAUGGCGCUGAUGAGGUGGACCCAGAUCUUAACCUCGUGAAAGGACGUGGAGGGGCUCUUCUUAGGGAGAAGAUGGUCGAAGCUGCAUCGGAUAAAUUCGUUGUGGUUGUGGAUGAGACGAAACUCGUCACUGGUUUGGGUGGGAGUGGGCUGGCAAUGCCUGUGGAAGUUGUGCAGUUCUGCUGGAAGUAUAACCAGACAAGGCUGCAAGAAUUAUUUAAAGAAGAAGGAUGUGAGGCCAAGCUAAGAUUGGAUGCUGAUGGAAAGCCUUAUAUUACUGACAAUUCAAACUACAUUGUGGAUUUGUACUUCAAAACACCGAUUAAGGAUGCACCAGCUGCAGGAAAGGAGAUCUCAACCUUGGAAGGGGUUGUAGAGCAUGGGUUGUUUUUGGACAUGACAAGUGCAGUUAUUAUUGCAGGAAAAGAUGGUGUAAGCAUAAAGUCCAAAUGAAUUUAUCAAGAGAUAUGUGGGUUGAAUUUGGUUUCCUUCAAGUGAGUAAAGAAAUGAUGGGAGAAUCGUUAUGUUCAAAGUGAACCCAUUGUUAGUUUUGGAUGCUAUCAUGUAAUUUGCUUCUAUUCUUAUAUUUCACUCUCUGCAUGACUUAUAAUUGUCCAAAUGAAAGGAGGGAUUUGUUCUGUGCCUAUGAAAUUCCUAUAUUCAGAUGUGCAUAGAACUUUCAGUAAUUA